AUGUCCGGGGCUCAGACAUUAGCCUUGCUACUAAGCACUAGUACCUUUACGACGGUCUUUUCCACUACUUCCACUGUUACAUCUUCGUCCGCCAUCGCGAGCUGCACCAUUGCGCAAUCCGCUUCAAUUACUUGCAGUAAUGGUUACUACAACACAUAUGGGAGCCAGUGGGAAGAGUUUUGUUCGGCCUCCGUGAGCGGUGGAACUGUCUAUGAAUCGAGCGCAGGUUAUUCGCUGCGGGCUUGUAUGUCUGGUUGUGCGGUCAAUUCCCAGUGUACAGGAGUCUACUGGGAUUCCGCGGCUGACAUGUGCUAUUUAAUGAGUGGGGAUCUCACCAUUACUUCUGGUGGGGAGUACCAAGCAGCAUCCCGUUUGUCGGCCAAUGCUAACCCUUGCCUCUCGACCUUCAUCGCUACUGAAACAGACACAGUUACUUCGACGGAGGAGGUUGUUUAUACUGUCACUCUCACCUCAACCCCAUCUGUCUCAACUCCGGCAAUUGCAUCUUCUUUUCCUGUUAUCGCCGUCGUCGGUCCCAUUGAAGCUGUCAUCAGUCUCAGUGUCACCGUCGUCGGUCCCAUUGACGCUGUCGUCAGUCUCAGUGUCGCCGUCGUCAGUAUCACCAUCGUCGGUCCCAUUGACGCUGUCGUCAGUCUCAGUGUCGCCGUCAUCAGUAUCACCGUCGUCGGUCCCAUUGUCGCUGUCGUCAGUCUCAGUGUCGCCGUCGACAUCAUCGGGUAG